UAAUUGCCCUGGAAUUGAUGUCAUUCCAGUGGGUGACUGAAACAGCAGCGGCUUGUGUAUUUGUCACUGUUUUAACCGCUCGCUCCUCAUUUCCCCCCUUCACAUUUCUCACUUUUUUUGCGCGAGGCUUUGGACGUCUGUGAAUGGGGGAAAGUGCACGGAGUUGAAUCAGCUGUUCCUCGGGAUUUCCUACGGCACCGCUCAUAUACUUGAUCAUAUUUCAGGAAGUCGUUUUAUUUUUUUUUGGAGGGGUGUGUGCGUGUGUGUGAGGGGAGAGACUCUUGCACAUCAGCUGUUGUUGGAUUGUAUGAUGGUUGCGGUGCAGUGAAAACAGUUGGCCAGUCCUGUCCACUGUUCAGCCGGGCAUCAUGAACCUCGGGAGCCGGAGUCUGAAGUUUAUUUUGACAGCACUUCAGGCUUUAUCCGUCUCGGUGUGUGACAGUUUGCUCUCCAGAUCUCCUAAAGGGGAUCUUUUGAGCACGACUGUUCAACACAGACCAACCGCAAAGCAGAAACACUAUGGGACUACAGUACCUCUGCAGCUUGUUGGACAAGACUGGAAACCAAUCAGCCGGCUCAAACCCCAGAGUCACCCUGCCUCACUGAAGCUCCUGAUUGAAGUGGAAGGUGAGCAGCUGCUCUUGGCUCUGGAGAAAAACGAGGGGCUGUUUGCAAGUAACUAUACAGAAACCCAUUACCUGGAAGAUGGCAUUGCGGUCACAGGCUCAUACAACUUCACGGUAAACUGCUACUACCACGGUGAGGUGGAGGGUCGUGUCAACUCGGAUGUCAGCCUCAGUACCUGUGCUGGUGUUAAGGGUUUCAUAACACUUGAAGGCAAAUCCUAUGUAAUGGAACCAUCUGCUGAUCACUCCGAUGGGACUCACUGGAUCUACACAGCUGAACACCUCAGUUUUGCUCCUGGCACCUGUGGCCAUGAUUUCAACAUAUCCUACCCCAUUGAACAUGCAGACAGCAGUCCGUUCAGGGCUUUCAGCAAAAGGCAUAAACGCCAUGUCCAGAGCACGACCAAGUAUGUGGAGCUGAUCAUCGUGGCCGACAACAGAGAGUUUCAGAAGCAAGGCAAGGACAUGGAGAAGGUCAAGCAGCGGCUGGCUGAGAUCGCCAAUUACGUGGACAAGUUCUACAGAGCUCUGAAUAUCCGUGUGGCCCUGGUGGGCCUGGAGGUCUGGAGUGAUGUGGACAAGUGUCCCAUCACCCAGGACCCGUUCACCACCUUGCACGAGUUCCUAGACUGGAGGAAGGUGAAGCUGCUGCCUCAGAAGCCUCAUGACAACGCCCAGCUAAUCAGCGGCGUCUAUUUCCAGGGCACCACCAUUGGUAUGGCACCCAUCAUGAGUAUGUGCACAGCAGAGCAGUCUGGAGGAAUCGUCAUGGAUCAUUCAGACAACCCCCUGGGCGCCGCAGUCACUCUGGCCCACGAACUCGGACACAACUUCGGAAUGAACCAUGACACCCCAGAGAGGGGGUGUGGCUGCAGGGUGACCGUGGAUCGUGGAGGCUGCAUCAUGACUCCCUCCACUGGGUAUCCGUUCCCCACAGUGUUCAGCAGCUGCAGCAAGAAGGACCUCACGGCCAGUUUUGAUAAAGGCGUCGGGAUGUGUCUGUUCAACAUGCCUGAGGUCAAGGUGCUCUACGGUGGGCAAAAAUGUGGCAACGGCUAUGUCGAGGAGGGAGAGGAGUGUGACUGUGGAGAACUUGAGGAAUGUAUGAAUCCCUGCUGCAAUGCUACUACCUGCACUCUGAAGGGGGAUGCUGUUUGUGCACACGGACAGUGCUGCCAGGACUGUCAGCUAAAGCCAGCAGGCACUCCAUGCCGUGAAUCCAGCAACUCAUGUGAUCUGCCUGAGUUCUGCACCGGCACCGGCCCCCACUGCCCCUCCAACGUCUACCUGCAUGAUGGCCAUGCCUGCCACAACGUGGACGGCUACUGUUACAACGGCAUCUGCCAGACUCACGAGCAGCAGUGCAUCACGCUGUGGGGUCCAGGAGCUAAGCCAGCUCCGGGCAUCUGCUUUGAAAGAGUCAACUCAGCGGGAGAUCCCUAUGGCAACUGUGGCAAAGACUCUAAAGGCUCCUUUGCCAAAUGUGAUGCACGAGAUGCUAAAUGUGGCAAAAUCCAGUGUCAAGGAGGAGCUAACCGCCCAGUAAUUGGUACCAACGCUGUUUCCAUAGAGACCAACAUCCCCAUGCAGGAAGGAGGGAGGAUACUGUGCCGAGGCACACACGUUUACUUGGGUGACGACAUGCCCGACCCCGGCCUGGUCCUCACGGGGACCAAGUGUGGAGAUGGACUGAUGUGUCUGAACCGUCAGUGCCAGAACGUCAGUGUCUUUGGUGUGCACGACUGCUCAGCCAAGUGCAGCGGUCGAGGGGUGUGCAACAACAACAAGAACUGUCACUGCGAGGCUCAUUGGGCGCCUCCCUUCUGUGACAAGUCAGGUCUGGGAGGGAGCGUGGACAGCGGCCCCGUCAGAUUAGCAAACAGUGGGAGUCUGACUGUCGGCAUCCUGGUGGCUCUCCUCACCGUCCUGGGAGCUGGCCUCAUCAUCUGCAUCAAGAGGAAAACUCUACUGGGGCUGCUCUUCACCAGUAAAAAGAACCCAAUAGAGAAACUCAGAUCAGUAAGCGCCACAAUCAGUGGACCCUCCGCGGCGAACCAGCCUCCAUCAGCGAGCACCACGUCUCCAUCGCGACCGGCCCCGCCUGUGCCGCAUGCUGCCUCCAUCUUCAAGCCGCUGCACAGGGGGCCAGAGGCGGUACUCCCACCGGCCCCCUACCCUUCCCACAACCUACGCAGACUGCCCCAGUGCCCUCCGGUUCACCUCAGCCACCCGGUCCCCCUGGCUCUCACCCUGUCCCUCUCCCCUGGCCACGGGCUGCCGAGACCGCCGCUGCCUCCUCCUCACAUCCACGUCGCACCAAGGGGGGCGUCGUUUCGCAGCGCGUCACGCCAUAACUCUUGCAGGAUGGUCAUGGAGUUGGAGAAGCCCAGUCCUCCUCAGAAACCUCUUCCCGCCGACCCACGGAGUUCACGUCUGGUUCGAAGUCCCUCUAGAGCCCAGGGGCCCUCAUCUGUUUGUGGCCCUGUACCAUUACCUGUUGUACCUAGACCUGUGCGUCCUGUCCCGCACCCCAACAGACCCAGUCCCAAACAUCCUCCAACACUACCAAAGCCUUGCAUUAUUGCCAACGACAAAUACAGCAGCUGAGACUUUGGCCGGAAGGGACAAUGUUGUGUUGAGACACUAAAGAAUUUGCACUAUGAAAACUCUGAAAACCUUAAAAAAGAUGGCGGCUUCUCUUGAUUCUGGAGAUCUGCCUUGUCCCCUUUGGUGCUCUGUCCCUGAAU